GUGGUUUGCGUUUUCAAGAUGGCGACUCCCUAUGUAACUGACGAGACCGGCGGCAAGUACAUCGCCUCAACACAGCGACCUGACGGGACCUGGCGAAAACAGCGGAGGGUGAAAGAAGGCUAUGUGCCCCAGGAGGAGGUCCCAGUGUAUGAGAACAAGUAUGUGAAGUUUUUCAAGAGUAAACCAGAACUGCCCCCCGGCCUGAGCCCGGAGGCCACUGCUCCGGUCACUCCGUCCAGGCCUGAAGGCGGUGAACCAGGCCUCUCCAAGGCAGCCAAACGCAACCUGAAGCGGAAGGAGAAGAGGCGGCAGCAGCAAGAGAAAGGGGAGGCGGAGGCCUUGAGCCGGACUCUCGAGAAGGUGUCCCUGGGAGAGACAGCCCAGGUCCCCAGUGCCCCACAGGCCUCCCGGGCAGCGCCUACAGCUGCCUCCGACCAGCCCGACUCAGCUGCCACCGCCGAGAAGGCCAAGAAGAUAAAGAACCUAAAGAAGAAGCUUCGGCAGGUGGAGGAGCUGCAGCAGCGGAUCCAAGCUGGGGAAGUCAGCCAGCCCAGCAAAGAGCAGCUGGAGAAGCUCGCGAGGAGGAGGGCGCUGGAGGAGGAGCUAGAGGACUUGGAGCUGGGCCUGUGAGGCCUUUGGGGAAUAGGGGAUGGACUACAGAACAAACCAUGGGGCUCUCUGGGGUCCUGGGGAACGUGAGCAGCAGCAGUCAGGAGGGGUACCCCCGUACUGGCUCACUUCCACCUCUCAAGGCCCACAUCCGUCCUCCAGAGCCUAGCCUCUCCCUCAUUCCUUCCCUUUUCUUCCCAACUCCUAUUUUUUUGGACUUUCUCCCUCCCAUUCCCAGUGUUCAAAAUCUCAGUGACUACCCCAGGUACCUUUGCUGCUGAUUUGGGUGUCUUGAUUAAAAGAAAAUUGGGUGGGUGGGAGUCUCCCAGAGAACUGAGGUUGAGGGUAGGGGAAGUACGCCCAAGUCUUGGAGUCUUGGUUCCUGUUCACAGUGUUUAUGGGUUAUUUCCCCCUCCAUCCCUAACCUCUUUUUUUUUCUUUUCUUUUUUUUUAAAGAACAGAAUAAACUCAAGUAGACAA